AUGCCUGAAACCGUGAAAGCGCCCAAGGCCACCAAGACCGGCAAAAACAGACGAAAGACCAGGAAGGAGAGCUACGCUAUCUACGUCUACAAGGUCCUGAAGCAGUGCAUCGCCGGGGAGGCAUCCCGUCUGGCUUACUACAACAAGCGCUCCACCAUCACCUCCAGAGAGAUCCAGACCGCCGUCUGUCUGCUGCUGCCCGGUGAGCUGGCCAAACACGACGUGUCCGAGGGCACCAAGGCAGUGACCAAGUACACCACCUCCAAGUAA